CGGCGGGGUCAGGCGGGCGUGCCGCGGGUGCCCCUCAGGCGGGCGCUGCUGAGGGGAGCCCAGCAGGCCCACUGAGCUCUGGGGCGGCGAGGGACUGGCCUGAACACCGAGCCGGCUUUUGAUUCCCAGAAUACUAUGGAUAAGAACUUCAAAGAAGAGUUUAGGCAAAUUAUUAAAUUUGAACCUCCUUUGUACAAACAACGCUACCAGUUUGUUAAAGAUUUAGUGGAGAAGUACAAACCUAAGAAGGUGGCAGAUUUAGGAUGUGCUGAUUGCAGCCUUCUCUGGAUGCUGAAAUUCUGCAGUUGCAUUGAAGUGUUAGCUGGGCUAGAUAUCUGUGCAAAUGUAAUGAAAGAGAAAAUGCAUACAUUGUCUCCUCUUCCUGUUGAUUAUUUGCAGCCAUCUGAAAGAUCCCUGACUGUUACCUUGCAUCAUGGUUCAGUUGCCCACAAAGAUCCUUGCAUGCUUGGUUUUGACUUGGUGACGUGUAUUGAACUAAUAGAACACCUGGAAGAAUCAGAGCUGAAGAAGUUUCCUGAGGUGGUGUUUGGUUUCAUGGCUCCAAGCAUAGUUGUGAUCAGCACUCCAAAUUCUGAAUUCAACUGUUUGCUUCCAAGAGUGAUGUUAUACAGGCAUCCAGACCACAAAUUCGAGUGGAGCCAAGCAGAGUUUCAAAGCUGGGCUCUAGAGACUGCUAGAUGCUAUGAUUACUCAGUGGAAUUUACUGGUGUCGGGCACCCACCAACAGGAAUGGAGAAGGUUGGGUUUUGUACCCAAAUAGGUGUGUUUUUUAGAAAAUACCCUCAAAGUGCUGAAUCUGUUCAGUCUGAGAAACCCAUGGAAGCAGUUUACAAAACAGUCUUCAAAGCAGUGUACCCAAGUCUAAAAGAUGAGAAGUACUUGCAGAAUGCAGUGAUCAGUGAAGUUAUUUUCACAGCCCAAAUCAUUAAGCACCGUUUAAUGUCAAAACGUCAGGAGUACAGUGAUGAUCCUGAGAGAAAACCCAAAUUCCAACUUUCAAUGGACUGUUUUUCUGACUAUCUUGGAAAAGUGGUUGUUGAAAAAAACAUGGAACCAUUUGUCAGUGGAAAUGAGGUUUACAUACCUCUCAGAACAAUCUUUUCUUUUCCCAAAGUGAAUCGACUUUGUGGUACCUUUGAGAAGUUAUGCAAGCUUAUUGCAGGCAAGGUCACACUGAGCAGUGAUGGUUCUGCUGUGAUGUUCAAUAUUGAACAUGAAAAUGAAGAGAAUUAGAUCAGAUUUCUCAAACCAAGUUCAGCUGAAACAAUGAAAGUGGUUUUUUAGAAGCUGUCAAAUGGUAUGUUCUGUAUGCUAACUAGAGCACAAAAGCUUUUCUAACCUUCCAUCAGUGGUAGUUAUCUGUCAGCACCUCUCCCUGAGUGAAGGUGAGUGCUUCUGACAAAGGUAACAGUAACUCAUAGGGGUUUCAAGUGAGUAUCAGGGGCUAAAAGGAAAGAAUUCAUUCCCAAGAAGAAAAUGAAGCAUUUCUGUUUGCUUUCUAUUGCUUUAUUGUAGCUAUCAUUACUAGAUUAUUUCUGGUAGUCUCUUGUUAGUAUCAAGGAUAGUUUGUUUUACCAUCUACUGUGUUGUGCUGGAUAAUGUGAGUCAGACAUAAGUUUAGGGCAAGUUUUUUCUUAAUUUCUUUAAAAUUUAUAGAUGCCUUUUUCAAGAUGAGUACAUAGCCUUGAUGAAAACCAAAUGUUGUUCCCGCUGAAUUGAAAUAUGAAACUGGCAUAUUUGUUCUGUUUUUGAAAGAAUAUUAAAAAAAUUAAAGAACUGCAGUAAUUGUGAAUGCUAACCUAUCUCUGGUGUAGUUGAAAAAUUUUCUGUGUUUUCACGUGCAGCUUUUGUUCAAAACUGUAAAAUCCAAAUAGAGUAGAUGGGAAAAAUUUAACAAGAACAAAACCCCACAACACAACCAAAAAAACCCCUCCAACACCAACAUCAAGAAAAGAGUGCAGUAUCCUGAAUAUAAGGGAAAUAAUGUGUGUAUUGAUUGUUUGGUUAUGGUCAGAAUAGUUGAACAGAACACUUCUGAUCAGUGUUCUGAAUUUAAAAUUUUCCUUCUAGAUUAGAAAAAGAAUGGGAUCCAAAUGACACAUUUUCCUGAUAAUAUAGAUGUCACUUUGUGAUAACACAGAAGCAGAAAAAAGCAAAGCAUUUUAAAAAGAAAUCCUUAACUGGAAGAGAAACUGAAUGGACUCAAAGUUCCAGUUAAGUUUGUAAUUUUUUGCAUUGAAGAAAAAGAGACAAUUCUUUAGGAAUAGAUUCCAAGCUGAAGACAUGAGUUUAUUGAA